AUGAUAAAUAAGACAUUUUUCUGGGUAACUCUGCUCAUUCUUAGCUUAGCUCAAGUCGCAGAAGCCUACAACGUCGCUAAUGGGAUAUCUUUCACAGCAUCUGUUGAUGAUGCGAAGGAGAACUUGAUCUUCCAUAUUACUCUGAAGUAUAAAAAUUAUCUUGGAAUCGGAUUCGGAGAAGGUAUGAAAGGAUGUCCGAUGCUGAUAGUGACUGAUAAUCCUGGAGAUGGAGAGACAGUUCCAAUUAUUUUAGACACUUACUCUGUAGCUAAAACGAUUCCCACUGAAAAUGAUGAGAACAUCUAUAUACUAACCAAAUCGGUAGCUACAGAACAUGGCUGGGAGCUAGAUAUCCAGAGACCUAUUGUAUUUGAAAGAGAGGGAAGAGUAGAGACUAUAUUUGAUAAGCAAAAUACAGUUAUGAACUUUGCUUAUCACGAAGGGGAUGGAUAUCCUGAAGAGCAUACUCGUCAUGAAUAUGGAUUCUUCUCAAUGAAGAUGGAUGUAAACAAGCAAAGUGUGUCGAUCGGAACAAGACAUAGGCCAAAAGAUGUCUUCUACAAAACCCACGGAAUCCUCUUUUAUAUUGCCUGGAGUAUUAUGACAUUUGCAUUAAUUGCUUCUGGAAGAUAUAUGAAACAUUUAUACAAUUUCAGGAUGAUUCUUCAUGUCGGACUCGGAUUGUUAAUCACCGCUAACACUAUCAUCCUUGUCCUUUUCUCAUGGAUAAAAUUCGAUUCAAGCAAGGAUCUUCUGGCUCAUAAGCCUAUCGGAAUUGCUGUGAUGUUUAUUUCUUUUGCCCAAUGUUUGGGAGGUUUCGCCGUAAAAACCUCGAUGACAACUCUAAAUUGGAGAUCAAAACUUACGUUGAACUCCAAAUUAGGACAUCAGCUUUUCGGCUACGCUUUAAUUAUCCUCUCCAACUUCCAGGUGGUUUCAGGGCUCUACAGAUACAAAUCUCCUAUUACAAAGUUGAUCUACAUCCAUUUAGCUGUGUUUGUUGUCAUGCUUUUUGCUCUUGAAAUUUUUUAUCGGAUGAGAUUUAGAUAUACAAAGAAAGGAGUCUUGAACAAAAGAGUUCAAAACUAUUCGUACAAUGAGUAUAGGAAGAUGCUCAGCUCUGGAAGAAAACUCGCCCUUUUUAAUGACUAUAUCCUUGAUAUCAGCUCUUUUAUAAACGAACAUCCAGGGGGUGCAUUUGUCAUGAGAGCAACUGUCGGGAGUAAUAUGGGUAAAUAUUUUUACGGAGGAUCUUCGAUGGAGACAGAUGUCCCACCUUACAAGCACUCAAGUUAUGCAGGCAGAAUCCUUGAGAAAUUAACUAUUGGCAAGCUUGAGAACAAGUACCUUAGUGAAGAUAACUCUAAUCGUAGCAGGAGAGAUUUUUCGAUCAGAAGCGGCAAUCCAUCAGUUAAAGUGGAGAUGUUGAGAGAUGGAUGUAACAUAUUCACCAUUAAGAAAAAGGUCUGGCUCACUAGCACAGUGUCAAGGAUCUCCUUCCAUUGUAUAGAUACCUCUAUCCCAUCGAUUUACGAAGGACUCGAGAUGUGUGGGAAGAAUUACUCUAUUACUUCCAUGAAGAACGAUGUGACAAGGUACUACACAAUUUGCAAUUCAAUGGGUUCCCAGAUCUUCGAAGAAUACAUGAAAUCUUUCGGCGCAGCUAUUGAAGAGACAGAAUAUCAAAGGAGAUUUGAAGGAAUAGCUGAUUUUGACAAGGAAGAAAAGGAUAUUUUAGAGUUAGUGAUAAAACAUUACCCAAAGUCAGAUAGUGGUAUUUCCAAACAGGUUUUUAAUGCAUCUCAUCAUGAAGAAUUUUACAUUGAAGGUCCAAUCAGUGUUGACUUCGGAUAUACUGAGGAGAAUCUUGAAGGAGCUAAUAUUAUCUUCUGUGGAGGUACUGGAAUUCUUCCUUUCAUGGACUUGUUUGCAUAUCUUGGCAGAAGACUUGUAGCUACUAGUUGUCCAGACUACUCCAUUUUCUCAGAUGAGGUGAUUUCUACAAAAGAAUCUAAGGCAAAAUUUCUCAUUCAUGCUUACUUUCAGACUAGGGAAGACUGUAUCGGAAUUGAAUUAGUUGAGAGAAUUGAAAAACUUUAUCAAAAAUACAACAAAGGUGCUCUCUUUAAGCUAAAUCUUAUCUUGACUAACAGGGGAGGUGAGAAACUCUCAGAUGACGAUAUUGUUGAGCUAAUGGAAGAUUACUCAGUGGCAAAUGGAGGACUUAAUAAAUUACUGGUCUGUGGGCCUCCACCAAUGGAUAUGCAAUUUCACAAACUAAAAGGACGUAUUAUGAAAAAGACGAAUCUUGACCUUAGCCAAAUUGACAUAUUGUAA